GUUUGAAGUUGGCCAACUGGGUGUUCUAUCACGAUAUACAGACUGCCAGAAGAACUGUGCGUGUGUGUGUUUUAUCUCGCAAUUCUAUCACCAUGGUAUCUGAGAAACCUGUUAUUGUGAUUAUUGGAGCAUCGUUUGCCGGAAUUCCUCUUGCGCAUAGCCUUCUCGAAGAUGUCCACUCAUGCAAAGUUAUCUUGAUCAAUCCCUCCCCAACAUUCUAUUACACGGUUGCCGCUCCCCGGAUCGUGGCUAAACCCACGGCAUUUCACACGGAAGAUUAUCUCAUCUCAAUCAGGUCGGCCUUUGAGCAGUACCCCCCGAAUUCAUUUGAUUUUGUGGAGGAUCGCGUAUGCUCCAUAGAACUCGAGCGGCAUUCUGUCACGCUCGAUAACGGAGGAAUCAUCCCAUUCGACUAUCUCGUCAUUGCGUCAGGAAGUACAACCCAGUCAACAUUCCGAGAAGAUGUCCCCAUUCCUUUCAAGCAGUCCAACCUCGAUAACAUGGAGGUGCUCAUAAAGAACGCACAGGAUGCUAUUUCUUCAGCAUCAAGCAUCGUUAUUGGAGGCGCGGGACCUAUUGGCGUUGAGCUAGCUGGCGAAAUCGCCGAAGCAGCGGAGCAGCGAGGAAAGCCAGUGGAUAUUACAAUUGUUUCCGCUUCCGAUAGAGCAUUACCCAUGCUCAAUGAAUCUGCGAGCAGGUCUGCCGAGAGCCUGCUUGAGCAGAAAAAAGUCAGGCUCAUCAAGUCACGCAAAGUCACCAGUGCAAGUACGUCCAACGGUAACAAGGUCUGGAACAUAACUCUGGACAGUGGAGACCAGAUCACUACUGAUCUGUACAUCCCCACGACUGGGGUGGUACCAAAUAACGGCUUUAUUCCUCGCGAGUGGCUUGAUGAUGACGGUUGGGUGAAGGUCGACAAUGAACUUCGCGUUCUGGUCAAUGAUAAUGAGCAGCAUCCGAUCUAUGCAGCUGGGGAUAUUACUAACAAUUCAAUGCGACUGGCUUUCAAAGCCGCUGAGCAGGCCACAGUUGUUGCAGCAAACAUUAAAAACGAUAUAAUCGGGCGCAAUUCCAAAACCAAGCGACGGGUAUACGAUCAAGGACAAAGCGUGAUGAUGAUAGUUCCUGUUGGAGCAUCUGGCGGGACGGGCCAGCUGUUUGGUAUCACACUCUGGAGCUUCAUGGUCAAGUACUUGAAAAGUAAUGACUUUUUUAUCUCAAAAGCGCGUUCAAUGAUUGCGGCGAGUUGAGGGCGAUAUGGCAUCUGGUUAGUGCAUCGUCUGUGCUCAAUAUAACAUAUAAU